AUGGGCUCUCUCAACGCCAGCCCAUCCCUCACGGCGACGGUCAACGAGGGCGCAAUCGACGACGAGGAGAUAGGCCUCACGCCACAGCAGCGACAGCACAAGCAAUGGCGCGCCCGGAAGAGACAGCAGCGCGAGGAGCUGGAUAGCAUGGUGCCCAACGGCGGCGGGUUUGGCGGAGGACUGCCCGUGGCGGAUCGUGCUGUGGUAAAGAAGCUGGCUAUAAAUGCAUUGUUCAUUGGCCUCUGGUAUUUCUUUGCCGUCUCGAUAUCACUCUAUAACAAAUGGAUGUUCUCGCCGGGGAAUCUCAACUUCAAGUUCCCUCUCUUCACGACCAGCCUACACAUGCUCGUCCAGUUCAUACUCGCGUCUACGCUGCUCUACUUCUUCCCUUCACUGCGGCCGCCGAUGUCAGGCCCCGAGACCGCCCAGGGGAAGCCCAGCAGCCCCGGCUUGACCCCGAUAUUCUAUCUCACCCGUCUCGUACCCUGCGGAAGCGCCACCUCUCUCGAUAUCGGGCUGGGGAACAUGUCUCUACGCUUCAUCUCGCUCAGCUUCCUAACUAUGUGCAAGUCCUCUGCCCUUGGAUUUGUGCUCCUCUUCGCCAUAGUCUUCGGUCUGGAGACUCCCUCUAUAAAACUCAUCCUCAUCAUCUGCACCAUGACCCUCGGAGUCGUCAUGAUGGUUGCAGGCGAAACCUCCUUCCACGCCAUCGGCUUUGCCCUCAUAAUUGCUUCCUCCUUCUUCUCCGGCUUCCGCUGGGCACUGACCCAGAUCCUCCUCCUCCGGCACCCUUCCACCUCAAACCCUUUCUCGACCCUCUUCCUCCUCACGCCCAUCAUGUUCGUCUCCUUGCUGGCCAUUGCACUCUGCGUCGAGGGCUUCCAUGAAAUCUUGGCAGGUAUUCAGGUCCUCGCUACUGAUCACGGGUCAUUCAAUGUCCUCCUCUUCCUCUCCUUCCCUGGCCUUUUGGCCUUCUGCAUGAUAUCGUCUGAAUUUGCGCUCCUCCGACGAUCUUCGGUCGUCACGCUCAGCAUCUGUGGUAUAUUCAAGGAAGUCAUCACGAUUGCUGCAGCGGGUAUCUUCUUCAACGAAGUUCUUAGCCUGGUCAACGUGAUAGGCCUGGUUAUUGCCAUAUCUAGCAUUGCCUGUUAUAACUACAUGAAGGUGACCAAGAUGCGCAAGGAGGCACUUAUGGAGCGAGAGGGCCUCGAAGACGACGAGGACGAUGGAUAUGAUAGCCCCGGCCCCAGCUCGGGCUUGAUGAACGACGGGCAUACUCCGAGCUCCUUAUCUCCACCCAACGAUAGCGGCUGGGGCGGGCUCAUCAACCAUAUCAAGUCUGCCUUUGGGAAUAAGCAGAGUGUGUCCGGCCCACGGUAUCAGGCCAUGCAUACAUCUGCCGAUCCAUGA